AUGGCGAGUGGACUGGAUCCUACAAAAGUCCCAUCGGUCACGCCUCCGACUGGAGUGAAGCCUAACUUCGAUAAUCCGCCCAGCAAGGCGUUUAUUUACUAUAUCGUCGCGAGCAUAUCUACCGCUCUAAUGACAUUUUUCGUCAUAUUGCGCCUCUAUGUUCGAUCAAGAAUUACACGGGCGCUAUGGUGGGACGACCUUACAGCGGUUCUAGCAUUGCUUUCCCAGGCCGCUUACACUGGCUUGGUCAUUCAGGAGGGAACCCUAGGAUUAGGAACCCAUGCCUGGGAUUUGACGUUGGCCAAAGCACUUGAAUUCUACAAAUAUGCAGAGCCGUCCGCGAUCUUAACUGCACCUGCCAUCUACUUUACCAAGUUGACUCUCUUGUUACUGUACCUACGAUUGUUCUCAUUGAAUCAAGGUGUCAACAUUGGAAUCUGGGCAGGAAUUGUGUUUUGCAGCAUCUAUUAUACGAUUGUUUUCUUCCUCUUUAUUUUUGUGAAGGAUAACCACAAGCUCACACUUUUGACUUACAGCGUUGCAGUGAUCGGUGUAGUCAGCGAUGUUUAUAUCAUUUGCCUCCCGCUGGUAGCUGUCACGCAGUUGCAUCUGGAUACGGCUCGAAAAUGGAGAGUCGCUACCGUCUUCCUGACUGGUCUUCUAGGCGUCGUUAUGAGCUUCCUGGGCUGCAUUUAUCGUUUUCAGUUCGACAUAAAGGACAACACGUAUUCACUGCUGAGUAUUUAUAUCGUCAACACUGUCGAAGUUGACAUUGGUAUAAUCUGUACCUGUCUACCGGUUAUGGCAGCUCUGUUUCGAAACAACAUGAAGAAAUCGUGGUGGUUGACUAGUAUGAGAUCAUUACGCACAUUCUUGGUCCGAUCUACCCCUUCAUCUACAGCAUCAUCAAACAAGUCGAGUCGAUCACAUUUUUCCACCGGUAGAAAUCGUCGAAAUGUUGUCAACAACAGCUCUGAUAACAUCCAGCUAGUCACUAUACAAACAGGCGAGGCUGAUGACCCAUUGCCAAUCGCUGACGUGGAGAGGGGCCACAACGAGACCUGGCCAACGAGGACUGUACAGCAAGGAUGGAAACACUCAGAAACCAUUGAUGCUUCAGAGGAUCAUUUGGCUGGAAAGGGCCAUUGA